AGGAACACUGCUCUGCUGCCUUGCAGCAGGUGAACCCAGCGCAGAUUCUGUAAGAACUGGAGGAACCCAUCCUCCGGGAAGCCGAGGGAGCUGCUUGGCUGGGGUCCCUGUGGCAGGGCGCCUGGUGGGCUUCCCAGCCGAGACUUGAUGCCACGUCUCCAGGCUGUGGACCUGGGCUUGGUGCUCCAGUCUCCUCACCUGGGACACUGUGGCCUGGUACCUCUCCGGGCUGCAUCUCUAAAGUGGACCCCUUAGUCCUGGAGUUUGUGGCUCUUCUCACAGCCACCAUGAAUACCUCUCAUUUCCUGGCCUCCCUCUUCCCAGGAUUCCUACGGGGCAAGAAUGGGACCAAUCCAUUGGAUUUCCUCUACAACUUCUCUGAUGGCUGCCAUGAUUCUGCAAACCUGCUGGCCUUCAUCAUCACCACCUAUAGCAUCGAGACCAUCUUGGGGGUCCUGGGAAACCUCUGCUUGAUAUAUGUGACCACAAGGCAAAAGGAAAAGUCUAGUGUGACCAACUUACUCAUUGCCAACCUGGCCUUCUCUGACUUCCUCAUGUGCCUCAUCUGCCAGCCACUCACAGUCACCUACACUAUCAUGGACUACUGGAUUUUUGGUGAAAUCCUUUGCAAGAUGUUAACUUUUAUCCAGUGUAUGUCGGUGACAGUAUCCAUCCUCUCAUUGGUCCUUGUGGCCCUGGAGAGGCACCAGCUCAUCAUCAAUCCAACAGGCUGGAAGCCAAGUAUUUUCCAAGCCUACCUGGGGAUUUUGGUCAUCUGGAUCAUUUCUUGCUUCCUCUCCUUACCCUUCCUGGCCAAUAGCAUCCUAAAUGACCUCUUUCACUACAACCACUCAAAGGCUGUAGAGUUUCUAGAGGACAAGGAGGUCUGCUUUGUAUCCUGGUCCUCAGACCAGCACCGUCUCAUCUACACCACCUUUCUGCUGCUCUUUCAGUACUGUAUCCCUCUGGUCUUCAUCCUGGUCUGCUACGUGCGCAUCUACCAGCGCCUGUGGAGGCAGCGGCACAUGUUCCAUAAGGACGCUUGCAGCUCGCGAAUGGGACAGAUGAAGCGGAUCAAUGGCAUGCUCAUGGCCAUGGUGGCUGUCUUCGCAGUUCUCUGGCUGCCCCUGCAUGUGUUCAACACAGUGGAGGACUGGUACCAGGAGGCCAUCCCUGCUUGCCAUGGCAACCUCAUCUUCUUGAUAUGUCACCUGUUUGCCAUGGCUUCCACCUGUGUAAACCCUUUCAUCUACGGCUUUCUCAACACCAACUUCAAGAAGGAUAUCAGGGCUCUGGUUCUGACCUGCCAUUGCAGGACACCCCGAAGGGAGUCUGAGCAUCUGCCCCUGUCCACAGUGCACACGGACCUCUCCAAAGGCUCUCUGAGGCUGGGUAGCAAGUCUAACUUCAGAUAGUCGUAUCUAGGCUUUUCCCCACCAUUUUCCUGUGACAGACACUUUCACUUAGCUAAGUAGACACUUUGCAAGUUGUGGGUAGCAUCCUGUCAUUUCUGGCUUUUGAGGUCCAGAUAGGCUGGCAAGAGACUUGAAGCUCGACAAUCAGGUGGUUUAGCCAUUUGCCUCUGGGAAGUUUUAGAGUCCAGAUUCUGCAAGUCACAGAGUGAACUUUGCUGCUUAAGCUGCAGGGUGUUGGAGCCAGAGGUGGCUCACUCUAACGGUCACCUAGCACAGACGCCUGACCUAAAAGCCUUCACCCACAUCCUGACCAUUCAGCUAACUUGCCCUGGGUGAUGGGCUGUGCUCUUUCACGGGAUGCUGGGGGCUCUGGUAGCCUUCCGCAGUAGCAGUUGCACAGAAGCAGGUCCAAGAGAGUUGAGAGUCUGUUUAAUAAAACUCGCCGAAAAGAACAGGAACAAUAGGAAUGGGCAACGAUGAAUAGAGCUGUCUCACCUACGAGGGUCAAAGUUCAGUGUCCCUCCUGGCUGCUGAACUGGGUCCAAGGCAUCCUCAGUGUGUGGACUAGACAGCUUGUUCUUGGAAAAAAGGAAAUGCCAAGAUUUCUUUUGGCCCACGUAAGACAGGGUUUUGCAUCCCAGUUCUGUCUGUGUAGAGCAAUCUUCCAAUACGGUGAAUACACUAGUCCCGUGGGAAACUUAUGCCAACACCGAGCAGGUCUUAUGGACAUUCUGGUCCUGGUCCCUUACCAAGCAUGUGUGCAACUGAUGUCCAGGACAUGUGCUCUUGGUGCUGCUGCUUCUUUCUGUCUUGUCACAGCUUUUGCCCUCAUCUCCAGCUGAGCUCCUUUGUUCCUGGAUUUUGAGACAAUUCCUUUUCUUUUCUUUUUCUUUUUCUUUUUCAGACUGGGUUUUACUGCAUAACCAGGCUUGUCUAGAGCUCCCGUCAAGCCUGCUUUCUCAGCACCGAUAAAGGCAUAAGCCAUCACACACGAUGAAAAAUGAGCUUUGGAAACACCCCUGUUAUCUGGUAUAGUCUAUUGCUGACUAUUUCAGGUGACAACUUUGAGCAAAGCUCAGACUCUCAGGCCCACCCUGGCAAGAUGCCAUUAUCCAAACUGCACAACAACCUGGGAUCUCAGACUUCUCCAGAUGUGGUUCUGGUUUCUGGGAUGUACACUUUUUAUGAGUUAGGCUCAAUGAGGCUAGGAUGCCAGUGGUCCAGAUUAGAUAUUUAGCGAGGCGUGAUGUAGAAGCUCCAUGGAAUGUGUUCUGUCUUCCUCCCUGCUUAGUCAGGAUGACAUUCGCCUGCCCCGACAGCUGUCUCCUGACCCUGUAAUCUGGUGUGCUGGUAUCUGAGGGCCCUCGAGAUUUCUUGGUUGCCAGCUUCCUUGAUGUUUGCUCUCCUAAGUGUGGUCUGAGGCCCAGCAGACCUCACUGCUGGAGGCUGUUGGAUAGAAGAGCCUUUGUUGCCACCGCAGAUGUGCUCAAUCUGAAUCUGCAUUUGGUCAAAAUGCAUAGGUUACUUGUAGGUGCACUGCAGUCAGGAAGCUCUGGGAAACAGAUCCACCUGGGGCUUGGGGUUAUUGGGUGAGAACCUGCAGACAUGCACUCUGGGGUCUGGAGUGGAUCCAUGUUCUGAACAUAUCUUUAAGCUUUGAGUUGCUGAGAAGGUCUGUUCUGCUUUGGCUGCAUGUAGACAUAUUCAACAAAUACUUGCCAAAUACAUAGAUUAUCAAGUUCCAACCAGAGGGAGCCUGCCCUUUGCAUUCUUCUCAGUUUCUCUUAAAACUGCAAGUUUCCCAUCAGUUUUGAUAGCCGCUUACCAGAAACUGCUCCAGUAAAAGAGCCGGGACCUCAGGAUUUCUACGUAACUCCUCGCAAGGUUGGUGGAGGGGUGCUCCUAUGAGAGGUGAGUAGCUGCAUGGAGGGGUACGAGGAUUGGAGCUGGAAACAUAUUCCCACAAAGGAGGCCUGGGAUUUCGGAGCCUAUGUGAAGCCUUGUCAGACCCUGGCAGUAAGAGCUCAACUCGGUUUCACUCUAGCCUUUUCCUCUUAAAUGAGCAGUCUUGACUUGCUUUUUCCUUUAUAAAAAUAAUAAUAUUCAAAGAUAAACAUAUUCACAAAUAAAGUGAGGAAAAAGAUUGCCACUUGGGGGGCUCUUUUAGUUAGUGUAUGCAUCUGUGUGUUUUGAAAAUAUGAAAUUAAAACGUGUAUGUAUUUAUAUUUACAUGUACAUACUAUUUAAGGAUCAUGUACAUAAUAUUUAAGGAUCGUUUCAUCUGAGGCAGGGUAUUGCUAUAUGACUUAGGCCACUAUAGAACUAACUGAAUAAUCCAAUGCGUGAUUCUCCUGCCUCUGUGUUUUGAGUGCUGAGAUUAUAGGCUGAUAUCACCACAGGUGUCUUAAUUUGAUUUUGCUGUUGUUUCACUUCAGGAAUUUUCAUUUCAUUUCCUUCCUUCCUUCAUACCUUUCACUAAUGUGUUCAUCAAAUAUGCUAGAUACUGUAUUAGCUGUAAGGGGUACAAUGAUUAAUUAGCACAAGAAGGCCUGUUAUUACUAUCUUUAAUUAUUCUGAAGCUAUGUUCAGGUUGUAGCCAUAAAACACAUAGAAGAUGGAGGUGGUAAAGAGAUUUAUUUAUUUUAAAGAAAGAUUUAUUUUUAGCUGGAGUCAAGUGUAAGCAUGUGUAUCUAUGUGUUAGUUUGUGAACAUGAAUGCAGUUGCCCGUGGAGGCCAGAGGUGUGGGGGCCCCUGGAGCCGAGGUUAUAGACAGUUAUCCAGCACCUGAUGAUGUGGGUACUGGGAACACAAUGAGGGUCCUCUGUAAGAUCAGUACCUGCUAUUAACACUGGCCAUUUCUCCUGCCCUGGGCUGCUGUUGAAGAUUUACCGUUAGCACCAAGUCUUUAUUGAGAAUUACCUGGACUACGUGAUAUCUCUUUUCUUUCUUCUGUGAUCUACCCAGCCCAUGAACACUCCUUUCUAAGUUCAUCUGUUAUCUCUCUGUGAAGCUUCAGGGGUUCCACAUGGCCAUGCCAGACAGUGGUUGUUGUGUGAAUGAGAAAUGACUCACUUAGCUCAUUUAUUACUUAGUCCCCAGUUAGUGGAAAUGUUUGGGGAGGUUAUGGAACCUUUAGGAGGUAGACCCUUGCUGGAGGAAGUAUGUCACUGGGGUGGGCUUUGAGGGUUUAUAGCCUUGCCAUACUUCCUGUUCUCCCUUCUGACUUCCAGUGUGUGAACAAAAUAUGGUCCCUCGGCUUCUUGUUCCAGCCUCCAUCUUUCCCCUGCACUGUGGACUC